AUUAUAAUGAUACGCAUGGCGAUAGAAUGACAAUCGACCGGUGUGGUUCAAGUAGUGCUAUUUACAUCGCGAAUUUGUUGUUUUGGUACUUGUUUUGAUUUCCCAAUAUACUUCCAGAUUGAGAGAUAAUUUUACAAAAUGCCAAAAGAACAAUUCCGUGAAGCGGACGUUAUCAAAAAGAUCUCACACGUCUCAUUCGGCAUCGACAAGCCUGAACUGAUUCAGCAGGAAUCUCAUCUUCAUGUUGUAGCGAAGAAUUUAUACAAUCAAGAUGCUAACCGAACUCCGGUAUCGUUUGGUGUGCUGGAUCGACGAAUGGGAGUUAGCCAAAAGGAUGCUACAUGCGAUACAUGUAAAAAGGGUUUGAACGAUUGUGUUGGACACUUUGGUUACAUCGAUCUUGCACUACCGGUGUUUCACGUCGGUCAUUUUCGUGCCACCAUAACAAUAUUGCAGUCAAUCUGCAAGGUUUGCUCACGAGUUAUGUUGAAGGAGGAUGAAAAGAAACAAUUCAGUGCUCGCCUCAUGAAUCCUAAUUUGUCCUAUCUGGCGAAGAAAUCCAUCCACAGUCUGGUUCUCAAAAAGGCCAAGAAAAAUACCAAAUGUCCUUAUUGUGGCAGUCUCAAUGGGCCGGUUAAGAAGGGAGCAGGCCUAAUGAAAAUUGUCCACGAGCCAUACCGUGGUAAAAAAGCCACAGAUCCGAUCAUAACUAAUGCUCUGGAGGAAAUGUUGAAUGCCAUCGAAGGUAAUCGGGAACUCUCCCAGACGAUAGGGCCUUCCUCGUUGUCCAAGGAACUCAACCCUGUCGAGGUGCUGGACUUAUUCAAAAACAUUCCCAAGUGCGACGUUCCGCUGCUAGGCAUGACCUCUCCUGACUCUGAUCCGGCGAAUUUGAUCCUCACUCGAGUGUUCGUUCCUCCCGUGUGCAUCCGACCAUCAGUGGUGUCCGAGGUGAAGGCGGGCACUACUGAGGAUGAUUUGACUAUGAAGCAAAGUGAGAUUUUGCUUAUCAGCGAUGUUAUAGCGAAACAUACGAUGUCCGGAGGAAAGAUUGAGCUCAUCCAAGAAGACUGGGACUAUCUGCAACUUCACUGUGCGUUGUACUUCAACAGCGAACUGUCGGGCAUUCCGCUUGCGCUGAUGCCUAAAAAGCCAUCAAGAGGUAUCGUACAGCGUUUGAAAGGUAAGCAGGGUCGUUUUCGUGGUAAUCUAUCCGGAAAACGUGUAGAUUUUUCCGCUCGUACCGUCAUUUCACCGGAUCCCAAUCUAAUGAUCCAUCAGGUGGGAGUACCCGAUCGUGUUGCGAAAAUCUUAACCUUUCCCGAGCGAGUAAACUCGGCGAACAUCAAAGUAAUGCGUCAACUUAUAAAGAACGGAACUGAGAAGCAUCCGGGGGCGAAUUACGUUCAGCAAAAAGGAAGUGCAUUCAAAAAGUACCUUGCUUACGGCAAUCGUGACAAAGUUGCUCAGGAUUUGAAAUGUGGUGACAUUGUGGAACGUCAUCUAAUGGAUGGGGAUGUAGUUUUGUUUAACCGACAGCCCAGCUUGCACAAACUCAGUAUUAUGUGUCACGUGGCAAAAGUGCAACCCCAGCGAACGUUCCGUUUCAAUGAGUGCGCCUGUACACCAUACAAUGCCGAUUUCGAUGGGGACGAAAUGAAUUUACAUUUACCCCAAACGGAAGAGGCGCGCGCAGAAGCUUUGGUGUUGAUGGGAAACAAAUCGAAUUUGGUAACGCCCCGUAACGGUGAGCUACUGAUCGCAGCUACUCAAGAUUUCAUCACUGGCGGAUACCUUUUAACACAGAAAGAUCAAUUUCUCACACGCGAACAAGUAAUGCAGUUGGCAGCUUGUAUGCUGUCGGGUCCGGAUGCUAAUAUGGAAAUUGAUUUACCGAAACCAGCGAUUAUAAAACCGCGUAAAAUGUGGACGGGGAAACAAAUUUUCAGUCUUAUCCUGAAACCCAACAAAGAGUCUACCGUGAAUGCCAACCUUUCAACAAAAGGUCGUAACUACACCUCCGGGAAGGAUAUGUGUGUGAAGGAUUCAUGGGUUGUUAUCCGGAAUUCGCAGCUGAUGUGUGGAGCGAUGGACAAGGGAACGAUGGGUUCUGGUACGAAAAAUUGUGUCUUCUAUGUGAUUCUGAGAGAUUUCGGCGAAGAUCACGCGAUCCGUUCGAUGUGGCGGUUGGCAAGAAUGGCUUCAUAUUUUAUGAUGAAUCACGGAUUCUCGUUCGGCAUUGGCGAUGUAACACCAAGCAGACAGUUGCUGAAUGAGAAACAGAAGCUUUUGGAAAAUGGGUACCGACGUUGUGAUGAGUACAUCGCUGAAAUGAAGAAAGGAACCCUCCAAUGUCAACCUGGUUGUACGGCAGAACAAACGUUGGAAGCCGUAAUGCUGAAGGAGCUGUCUAGUAUUCGAGAACUGGCGGCUAAAGCAUGCUUCCGAGAGUUGCAUCCAACGAAUAGCGCUCUGAUUAUGGCACAGUCUGGCUCAAAAGGUUCAAAUAUUAACAUUUCGCAGAUGAUCGCUUGCGUCGGUCAGCAGGCUAUUAAUGGCAAACGAGUCCCGAAUGGGUUUGAAGAUCGAGCGUUGCCCCAUUUUGAGAAAUUUUCUAAAAUUCCAGCGGCACGUGGUUUCGUUCAGAACAGCUUUUAUUCAGGCUUAACGCCAACGGAAUUCUUUUUCCACACGAUGGCCGGUCGAGAGGGUCUCGUCGAUACGGCUGUAAAGACGGCUGAAACCGGUUAUCUGCAGCGACGAUUGGUCAAAUGCUUGGAAGAUCUUGUUGUGCAGUACGACGGAACUGUACGGAAUGCCAUCGGCGAAGUUGUUGAAUUUACUUAUGGUGGUGACGGACUCGAUCCUGUUUUCAUGGAGGUAAAGAACAAACCUGUUGAUAUAGAUCGCCAGUUUAUGCAUGUCCGAAAUAUGCACCCUUGUCGAGAUGAGCAUCCACUGAAGGGAGAAGAAAUUCUGUCUGUGGGAGAGAAAAUUCUCAAAACACCGGAAUUUGAUGGAUGCAGAGAGGAUUUCAGAAAGGAGAGCUUGAAAUACUUGGCAAGUUUUGGGCAAAAGUUGGCACAAAUUCAGAACAGCUAUAGUAACUGUUCCAAUGUGGCUCUGGAAAUAGAGCGAACUACCGAAGGACAGUUGGGAAGAUUCCUCAAGCAGGUGCGCAACAAGUAUAACAAAGCAAUUACGGAACCUGGUACUGCCGUUGGGGCGCUGGCCGCUCAAAGUAUCGGCGAACCGGGAACGCAGAUGACUCUGAAAACUUUCCAUUUUGCGGGUGUCGCUUCUAUGAACAUCACCCAGGGUGUGCCGCGUAUUGUGGAAAUUAUCAAUGCGACGAAGGCUAUUUCAACACCCAUCAUCACGGCAGAGAUAGAGGAUAACACUAGUAUGGAAUUUGCACGUAAGGUGAAGGCAAGAAUCGAGAAAACCACGUUGGGCGAGAUUUCAUCUUACAUCGAAGAGGUGUAUAAGUCAGAUGAUUGUUUUCUGCUUAUAAAACUUGAUCUGGACCGAAUCAGGGUGCUGGGGCUGGAAGUCAAUGCAGAUACAAUCCGUUAUUCUAUUUGCAUCUCUAAAUUGAAAAUAAAACACGAGAAUAUAGAAGUGUACGGCCCAUCCCUCAUAACGAUCCGGCCGGAUCCCUCGAAGCACAGCCACGCGCUGAACGCGGAACUGCAACGGCUUCUGUCGGCCGUUCCCAACGUUGUGGUUGCGGGCCUUCCUCAGGUAUCGCGUGCUGUCAUUGCCGUUGACGACUCUCGGGGCGCACCCACUUACAAACUCUGCGUCGAAGGGUAUGGCUUGAGAGAUGUAAUGGCCACCUAUGGGGUUGUAGGUGCUAAGACAAAGAGCAAUAACAUUCUAGAGGUGUACGGUACACUAGGGAUCGAGGCUGCCCGAACGACCAUCAUGAAUGAAAUUACCGACGUUAUGGAAGGCCACGGAAUGAGUGUAGAUCACCGUCACAUUAUGCUGCUGGCAAGUCAGAUGACCUCAAGAGGGGAAGUGCUCGGUAUCACACGCCACGGGUUGGCGAAAAUGAGAGAAUCGGUGUUCAAUUUGGCAUCGUUCGAAAAAACCGCCGAUCAUUUGUUUGAUGCUGCUUACUAUGGACAGACCGAUUCGAUAGAUGGCGUUUCUGAAAGAAUUAUUCUUGGUAUGCCAGCUUCUAUCGGCACUGGACUGUUCAAACUUAUUCACAAUCAUACCGAUACAAAACUGGAUGACAUUGUGGAGCCAAUUUUCAAUCUCGCAUGACACAGAUCAAAAAAAUCUUAAAUUGGAUAUACGAUAAAUUAUUGUAAAGAUAAAUCCUUUUUGUUGAAAUAUAAGCAUAGAUUAAGAUUAGACUCAUGUCCGCUCCUCACCAAUUGUUCGACUAC